AUGAGAGCUGUGCUGAUGAAGAUGACCAGUGAAAAGACCUGUGUGCUGCUGACGCCUCGGCCAGCGUCAUGCAUUUUCCAAACGGCCGAAGAGAAGGACGAACUCCUGGGGGACGAGAGUGUGCUGGAGAUGCUGAGUUCCUCUAAAUUCUGGGACCUGGAGUCGUGGCUGUGUAUGCCGUCAUCUCUGCGUCUGCGCUCCUCCUCCUCCUCUUCCUCCUCUUCCUCACAGACAUCACUGAGGUCAGACAGAUGCUCGGACAGACUGCAGUCCUUCCUGAGCUCCACACUGGUACGCGACUCUCAGUUUGUGUCCAGCCCAGUGCUGACCAUCACUCCUCCCACCUCCACCUCCUCCCCCUUACAAACCACCUCCUCCCCCUCACACACCGCCUUCCCCUCCUCUGAGGUCCCCCCCACCCCAUCCUCCCCCCCUGAUGUCUCCCUGAGGAAGAGGCGUCGGCUUGGGGCCAGUCCUGGAGGUCUGCACUGGACCUCAGCAGGUUUGGUGCAGCGUGACUUCCUGUCCCCCACAUCACCUGACUUGUCACCUGACCUGUCACCUGACCCAUCUCCCACGGCGACAGGUGUGUGGGGGGGCGGAGCUUUGAGGGACAGGUGUGAUGCGGCGAGGGUCACUGUCACCGUGGGUGACGCAUUUCUGCAGCGAACAACAAAACUGAGAGGAGCGAGGAGGCUACGUACUCAGACAGGGGGCAGCGCUGGACCCUUCACCCUCAGGAAACAGCCUGCAGGGGGCAGCGCUGGCAGGCCGUGUCAGUGGAAACGCUGGUCAUUGGGAGAUGGUCUCCACACAGAAGUGACAUCACUGUUCUCUUCAGACCUCCACAGACGCGCAGCAGCCGUCAUGCAGCAGAUGCAGAGCCUGCAGCUGACCCCCAGGGGGCGCACUCCUGGCCCCACGUCUCCAAAUGCAGCCAAACGUCUUUAUCGAAAUCUGUCGGACAAACUGCGAGGAAGCUCCGCCUCCUUUGAAGACACGCACUUCUUCGGGAAAACUGAACGUCUACGGAAGGCGUCUACGAUGCAGAUCAGUGAGGUCCUGUUGGAGGCCGUGGAGCAGCAGGACCUGGACACGGUUCAGAUUCUACUGUUUCAGUUCAGUCCUGAAGAACUGGACCUGAAUGCCCCAAACAGUCAAGGACUGACCCCUUUGGACAUCUCCAUCAUGACCAACAACCAGCCCAUCAGCAAACUAUUGUUGAAGGCAGGAGCCAGGGAGAGUCCCCAGUUCUCCUCGGUGGAGUGCAGGGACCAGCUGCUGUCGUCUCUGGUGCAGGAGUCGGAGCAGAGGGCAGCAGACCUGUCGGCUCAGGCCCAGAGAGAAGGUCUAUCUCUGGAGGAACGUGAGAAGAACCAGACCCUGAGGAGCUGGGAGUGGAGGAGCAGGCUCUACGCGCGCAUGAGGGCGGGUUUCCAGGGCACGCGUCCUCCAGAAGCCCCAUCGAUGAUGCGUCUGACAGUGAGCAGCAGCUCCACCCUGACUGUGAGUUUCCAGGAGCCACAGGGUCUAAACUGUGCUGUGGUCACCAAGUAUAAAGUCCAGUGGAGCUGUCUUCAGGACUUCUCUCUUGUCGCUGGUGAAACUGUUCUGGAAAACCUUCAGAGUCUGAGGUUCUGCAUCACUGGCCUCACCACGGGUCAAGUUUAUUUUGUUCGAGUUUCUGCGUUUAACAUGAAAGGCUGGGGUCCUCCUGCCACCGCCCAACCUCCAGGAGCAGCUCCAUCUAACUGGAGAGACUGCGACGGCCGCGAGCAGAAGCGCAGAAGUCAGACUGACGCCAUGGAGAAACUUCUACUGCAAGUCCAGAGUACACACUCCGAGUACUGCAGCGGGGAUGUGAAGCUUCAAAACUCGAGGAAACAGUCCGUGUCCCGGAGUCUGAAACAUCUUUUCAGCAACAACAAGUUCAUCAAGACACUCAAGAGAGGAGUGUACCUGGCCACAGUGCUGUUCCACAGAGACUGUCUCCUCCUCACGGCUGAGGACCAUGUUCCCAUUGUGGAGGUGGACGACAGCUUCGGCAGCUCGCUCCUGCAGGACUUCCUUUGGUUCACCAAGAUGUCUUGCAUGUGGGAAGAUGUGCGGUGGCUGAGGCAGAGUAUGUCUGUUUCCAUGUCGUCGUCUUCAACUCUUCAAACACGACACAAGAUGCUGACGGCAGCUGCUCACAUGCAGAGCUUGCUGGGCACACAUAACCUUGGUCGUGCGCACUAUGAGCCCAUUAAGGAUCGUCAUGGUAACGUGCUGCUGGUCACCGUGCGGGAGGCGGAGUCUCAGAGCUCCGCCCUCAACGGGAAGUGGACCUCGGUCACCAAACUCCAGAGUCAGAGGAAGAGUCUGUCUACACCUGAGGAACCAUAUGCACUGGACAUCCUCAUCAUCACCAUGCAGGACCUUCUCUCGUACCAUCGUCGCAGCUGCUAUCGUCUCUCUUCUGGUCUGUACCUGGGGUACCUGAAGCUGAGCUCCUCUGUGGAUCAGAUCAGAGUCCUGGUGUCUCAGAGGACUCCCAACAUGCUCCCCCACGUGAGGGUCCGAGAUAACAGCAACGUGUCCAGGGAGGAGUGGGAAUGGAUCCAGAGAUUGGCUGCUUCCUCGUCCAGCGCAGCUGUGAUUGGUGGAGAAGCUCAGGAGGCGGGACUUGCAACUCAAAGAAACACCCCUAUGCUUUACUACGAACUUCAAACAGCGAUAAAAGCUUUACUAAAGAUCCUCAACCUACAACCGAGUCAGGUCUGUGCAGAGAUGAGCCGGGCCAAACAAGGUCUGUGCAGAGGCGAGCCCAUGGAUCUAUAA